AUGAGGCAGAGACGCCGAGUGGAGUACCUUGAAGAUUACCAAUUCACAUUGUCUUAUCAUCCCGGGAAGGCUAAUGUUAUAGUAGAUGCACUAAGUCGAAAGAUAAGAGAGAUUGUAGCCAACAUAUCAAUUAAAGAAUGGGAAAUGCCCCGCCGAGGAGUUGUUCGUUUCGGAAAGAAGGGAAAAUUGUCACCUCGCUACAUUGGGCCUUUCGAAAUCUUGGACAAAAUAGGAGAAGUGGCAUACCGUUUGGCUUUACCACCUCAAUUGGCUGAAGUACAUAAUGUUUUCCACGGCUUUAUGCCACAGAAAUACGAGCCACACUCUUCUCACAUCAUCAAUUGGGAGGAAAUUAACAUUGAUGAAGACGUGACAUUUAAAGAAAAGCCUGUCAAAAUUUUAGAUCGUCACGAGAAGAAAUUACGAGGUAAAACUAUACCGUUGGUUCGAGUUCUCUGGAGACAUCGUGGGACGAAAGAGUCAACGUGGGAACGAAAAGAUAUGAUACGUGCCAAUUACCCUCAACUUUUCGAGUCUAAAGGUACGAAUUAA